AUGAAACCAACAACCAACAACAAAACAAAAAGCCUACCCACAUCGACCCCGACCGGAGAAGUACCGGGUCCCCCCGACGAGCCCCCGGCGGCUGUUGGUGUGGGACCAUCGGUAACCACCCAGGCAACAAACAACAAGAACAAAUCGGCGGACCACCCGGCGGACUCCAGCGACCCACAAGCUAGCGGGCCUCAUCGCAGCCCAACCGACCGCCAUAAAUCGACCAACCAACCUGCGGACACAACAAACGAAAAGUGCAUAUCUCCACUCGGAGGAACUAGCGGACGACAAACGGAUCGCCCCCCACCAUGCGAACUUCCACCACGAAACCCCACAAACAACGAAAAGGAAAAAGCCCACUCCCCCGUACCGGCCUUGAUUGCGGAAGUACCGGAGCUUGCUGAAGAAUAUUCGGCGGCCGCCGAUACAGGGGACCUGGAUAACCCCCAGGCAACAACCCAAGGAAAAAGGCUGAGAAACCACAACAGUUAUUCACGCUCGCCCAGCCCAAUAGCCGGCUGUUCGUGGUAUACUAUAACAUCCCACCAGAAAGCAACGACAAAGUUCGAACAGAUCAACACCAUCCCAUACACCGACAGAAUCACUGCAAAGGAGAACGUUAGGGAAAAAGCCUCCUCCCCUGCACUGGCCCUGACCGCUGAUGUUCCAGAGAUCACCGAUGAGCCCACGGCGGCUGCUGGUGCAGGGGGCCCGGCUUCCCCCCGGGUAAGUCAAAACAUUCCCUAUCACCAUCGUCCACAGACAUACUGCUCCGACCCUUUUUCAGCAAAUCAAUCGAGCAGCUCCUACAGUGCGUCUGAGUGUGACCCAUCGGACCCUCCCCAGCUAUCAGACAACUCAUACACAAUGGCAAUCCAGUGGAAUAUAAACGGCCUCAGGAAUAACCUGGGAGAUCUCCAGUACUUCAUAGCAACAACCAACCCCGUAUGCAUAGCCUUGCAAGAGACCCACGUAACCUCUCAGACGGACUACUCAUCAUGGUUUAGCCACGCAUACCAGUGGGAAACAGCCAGCGGAGUAAACACACACCAAACCAUCGGUCUCGGAAUUAGAAAUGAUGUACCUGCUACCAACUGCCCAUUAAACACCGAGCUUAUAGCAACCGCCAGGACCAUACGCUACCCCAUCGAGUGCACCAUCGUCAACAUCUACAUUCCAGCGGAUACAACCAACGUAGGAACAAAGCUAAACCAAAUUAUCCAGCAAAUCAGUACACCCUACAUUAUCCUCGGUGACUUCAAUGCUCACCAUACCUCCUGGGGCUCUGCCAGAAACAGCCAACGGGGAAACGACAUAAUGAAGGCAAUAGAGGAACAACACGCAAUAGUGCUAAACGACGGCAACAGCACUUUCAUCAGGGGCAGCUAUUCUGCUGCACUCGACCUCUCAAUUAUAUCGAGCACCAUAGCCGGGAUGAUCGACGACUCGUCGACGAAGAUGGAUGACGGACCAGGCCAACUGGGAAAACUUCCAAACAUCGGUCGAAGACCUCCUAGACCCCCAACUGCAAUACACAGUAGACGAAAUCGAGAAAAUAAUCUCCCGAGCAGCAGCGAAAAGCAUGCCGCAAACCAGCGGCAAACCAACUCGUAG